AUCCCCUAAGCAGUCUUUUGCAAGCACACAAAUAAGGUUGGUUGGAAAAUGUUUAUACGUCUGCUGCUUUUGAGCUGCUUGUUGAAAAAUUUUGCGGUGCAUGGAAUAAAAUUGUAUGACAUCAACGUAGUUUCCUUUGAACCAUUAUCAACAUAUGACAGGACGGCCCUUUUACUAGGCACUUUCCGUGUUACCCGCAAAGCGCGUAACACUUGCGUCUUAUCCGGUGAUUUCGAGAUUCUCAAGAAUUGGGGAAACGAAUAUAUGACUCACUUUUAUAUCGAAAACUCCAUCGGAAUGAUCAUGUUCAAAACUAGUGAACCAUUUUGUGAGCUUCUCAAUUCUGAGUUUGCAAUCGCGAAAAAGUUCCGAGAGCAUUCGACCAUUCCGCCUGGUAAUUAUUGCCCGCUACCGAAGAAUCGCUACGAGGUCAACAAUUACCGAAUGGAUGACUCAGAUCUGCCGAUAAUAGUACCGAAAGAUACAUACACACUAAUUACGAAAAUAAUAGCGAGCGAUGGACACCUGGUGCUAGGCUAUAAGGUGACGGUUGCUGUUUCGUAG